AAUUAAAAAUGAGUAGAAUAAUAGCCAAAAAUUAAGAAUCAAGCUCAAUCUCUGGGUAUAUAUUGACAAAUUACAGAAAAUUAUUAUAGGCAUCAAGGCCGAGUCUACUCCAAGUCGUCUUCUUCUCAAGCUUUUGCUUUCUGUAUCUAGAACCUUCUAAUGGCGUCGUGGUCGGAUCUCGAGAGCAAGGCGAAAGAGGCGUUCAUUGACGAUCACUUCGAACUCUCCGUCGACCUCUACACACAAGCUCUCUCUCUCAAUCCUAGUCAUGCCGAACUCUUCGCUGAUCGUGCUCAGGCCAACAUUAAACUCAACAAUUUCACUGAGGCUGUUGCUGAUGCAAACAGAGCUAUUGAACUGGAUCCAGCAAUGGCCAAGGCAUAUUUACGUAAAGGUACUGCUUGUAUCAAACUUGAAGAAUAUCAGACUGCUAAGGCUGCCUUGGAAAAGGGUUCUUCUUUGGCAUCGGGAGAUUCAAGAUUCAUAAAUCUUAUCAAUGAAUGUAAUGACAAAAUUGCAGAGGAAAUUAGUGAACUAACUUCAAUGGAUAGUGUCACACAUAAGACUGAUGAACCAGCAAAUUCUGAAGUGGAUAAUAGUCUAUCUGAUCAGGUUCCAGCAGUUGCUUUACCUAAACCAAGUUACAGGCAUGAAUUCUAUCAGAAACCAGAUGAAGUGGUCGUGACUGUCUUUGCAAAGGGGUUACCCGCCGAUAGUGUUACAAUUGAAUUUGGGGAACAAAUACUAAGCGUUACCAUUGAGAAACCCGGUGAGGAUGCAUUUGUAUUUCAACCUCGUUUGUUUGGAAAGAUAGUACCUGCAAAGUGUAAGUAUCAAGUACUAUCUACGAAAAUUGAAAUUCGACUUGUUAAGGCGGACAACAUACAUUGGACGUCUCUUGAGUUCAGCAAGAGCACUUCUGUUGCUCGGGUGACAAAUGUCUCAUCAGGCACUCAAAGACCUGCUUACCCUUCGUCAAAGCCAAAGAAAGACUGGGACAAGCUGGAAGCUCAAGUAAAAAAAGAGGAGAAAGAGGACAAACUUGAUGGGGAUGCGGCUUUGAACAAAUUCUUCCGUGAAAUAUACCAAAGUGCUGAUGAGGACACGCGAAGGGCAAUGAGCAAAUCUUUUGUUGAGUCAAAUGGAACAGUACUCUCUACAGACUGGAAGGAUGUUGGUUCAAAGAAAAUUGAAGGAAGUCCGCCUGACGGGAUGGAGAUGAAGAAGUGGGAAUAUUAGUCAUCAGUUUUCAGUUCUUCCAGAAACUUUUGGGUCCAAAUUUUUUAGUUGCUUGAUUGUGUUUGAGGUUAUGGAUCAAUAAUCUCAAAAGACAUCUAUUUUUUGAACAUAUCUCACAUAUCUGAGACUGCUUUAAAAUGCCCGUGUAAAUGCCAUUGAUGUCUCGCUUUUGUAUUCUAGGAGGAUUGCAAGUGAAAAGAGUCUUUUGCGAGAGUUUGGCUGGUUUAA